CUCAGUGCUACAUCGAUGGAUGGAUGGAUGUCAUCUUCCUCCUUUUGCGUGAAUCGAUUCUUUCUGCAUGAAUGGAUUCUUGAACAAACUAUAAGCAUUCUGAUCACCGUCCAUCAGCUAUCCAACGGCCAGAAAUGUGCAGCUGUCGUGGCUAACGCACGUCACAUUCGUUUCCUACGUGACACAUCUUCUUAUCUUAUCCUCGCGCGCCUCUUUUCUUCCCCUCUGCCGUCGCCAACACCGAGCCAGGGAGAGCAGAGCAUCCGAGAAACACUCAGCGCCAUGGCCAUGGCUUCCACCGCUCUCUCCUCGGCCCUCUCCCUCCUCCACGCCAAGCCCGCCACCACCUCCCUGCGCCGACCACACCCAUUCUUCCCCAUCCACGGUCGCCGCCCCUCCGUCGCCGUCGCUUGCACCUCAACCGCCGCGGCCUCCCCGAAGGUGCUGGAGCUGGGGGACGCCAUCGCGGGGCUGACCCUGGAGGAGGCGCGCGGGCUGGUGGACCACCUGCAGGAGCGCCUGGGCGUGUCGGCGGCCGCGUUCGCCCCCGCCGCCGCCGUGGCCGCCCCGGCCGGAGCGGCGGCCGAGGUCGAGGCGCCCGCGGAGCAGACGGAGUUCGACGUGGUGAUCGAGGAGGUGCCGAGCAGCGCCCGCAUCGCCACCAUCAAGGUGGUGCGCGCGCUGACCAACCUGGCGCUCAAGGACGCCAAGGACCUCAUCGAGGGCCUCCCCAAGAAGCUCAAGGAGGCCGUCGGCAAGGACGAGGCCGAGGACGCCAAGAAGCAGCUCGAGGCCGUCGGCGCCAAGGUCACCGUCGCCUGAGCCUGACCUUGACGACGUUGCUGCUACUCCUACAUUGCUACUAGGAAUUCCAUAAUUUUACCAAAUUUUUCCUUGUCGAAAAGACAUUUUCUCUUGUGUAAUUGUAAUUGUAUCCGGCCAGUUGCAAGAUCUUGCGUCCUUUAUAUACUCUGUUUCUUGCUC